UUGCGCUAAAUGAAGCGUUAAAAAACAAACAAAAAAGGCAAACUUUGAACCCAUGUCCAUUUUUCUUCAGUGUUGAGUUACACCUGAAAGGCCCGUCCUACUGCUCCACAGUGCGACUCUGAUUGCAGAAAAUAUACAUAACGAUGUUCCUGCAUAUUCUCGGACUCGUGGCUCUUUGGUUUGUCUAUCGGUGGUUCAAGGAGUCCAAAAAAGUUCCAAACAAGGAAGAUAAAUAUGUAUACAUCACUGGCUGUGACUCUGGGUUUGGCAAUCUCCUCGCAAAACACCUGGACAAGCUGGGCUUCCGCGUGAUUGCCGGCUGUUACACUGAAAAGGGUGAGGAUGAGCUGAAGAAGAUCUCCUCUGACAGACUGACUACCACUCACCUGGACGUCACAGACUCUGAAAGUGUCAGCAAAGUAGCAGCCUUCAUUGGGACUCUGGUUGGACAGAAAGGACUUUGGGGUGUUGUGAACAAUGCAGGAAUCUCCCUCCCAUCUGGUCCCACUGACUGGCUCACCAUUGAGGAUUACAAGCCCAUGCUGGCUGUCAACCUGUGCGGUGUCAUCAAUGUGACUCUGAGUGUCCUCCCUCUCAUCAAGAAAGCCAAAGGCAGAGUGGUGAACGUUGCCAGUGUGUUUGGGCGAAUCAGCCCAUUUGGCGGGCCUUACUGCGUGUCCAAAUACGGAGUAGAGGCCUUCAACGACAGUCUGCGUUUAAACAUGGCACCUUUCGGAGUCAAGGUUGCAUGCAUUGAGCCAGGCUUCUUCAAAACAUACGUCACUGACACACAGAUGGUGAAAGAUAACCUGAAGAAGCUCUGGGACAAAUUACCUCAGGAUGUGAAAGACGACUAUGGCCAUGGUUUCUUGGAGUCAUCGCUUGUGAAGGUGGAUGAAAGUUUUCUGCAGCUGGUAGACGGGGACCUGAUGAAGGUGGUCGGAUGUAUGGCGCACGCCAUCUCCGCUGUUCACCCUCGUACUCGUUACUCUCCUGGGUGGGAUGCAAAGCUCUUCUGGUUACCUCUGUCCUACAUGCCAACCUGCAUCUCAGACAAACUCUUUCUUAAAAACACCCCCAAGCCAAAAGUGUCAGUCCUGUAGUUUCUGUCAAAUCUGGAAAAUUUGUAGCCAUAAAAGAUUCUUUUUAAGGUCCUUUUAUUUUUGCUGCAAUAAAUGAUCAUCAUACCAA